AAAAACUAACCACAACUGCUCUUUCUCUCUCUACAUCACUCUCUCUCCAAUAUGACUUUGUGUGUUUGUCCUAUAAGUUAAGUUAUCAACAAUCAUAACUGUUGCUUAACGCCUCUCUAAUAACCCCCACCCUACCUUUUCCAUUUCCGUUUCUCAUCUCUUCUCUUCAAAUCACACACUCUCUCUACCUUUCUCUCAUCAAUGGACACUCCUCAUUCCCCUUCUUCCUGUUCCUCUUCCUCCUCCUCCUCCUAUUCAUGGGAAGGACACGCUGCCGACACAAUCAGUUUAGAGCCAGAAGAGCCGCAAACGCCGAUAGCCGUCCGGCGUGCUCUUCAGCUUUUGAAAUCCGGCUUGCCGGAGUUACGUCUCCAAGCCGCUCGCGACAUCCGGAAACUCACGAAAACCUCGCAGCGGUGUCGGCGUCAGCUUUCUGAAUCUGUCGGUCCACUCGUUUCUAUGCUCCGAGUCGACUCGGCCGAGUCACAUGAACCAGCGCUUCUCGCUUUGCUUAAUCUCGCCGUCAAAGAUGAAAAGAAUAAAAUCAAGAUUGUGGAGGCCGGAGCAUUAGAACCAAUACUUAGUUUCCUCAAGUCACAAAAUCCAAAUCUUCAGGCAUCUGCAACCGCGGCUUUGCUCACACUAUCUGCUUCUUCAACCAACAAACCAAUUAUUAGUGCUUCUGGCGCUAUUCCCCUUCUUGUGGAGAUUCUUAGAGACGGGAGCCCACAGGCGAAAGCUGAUGCAGUAAUGGCUCUCUCUAAUUUAUCAACAUACCCUAAUAAUCUUAGCAUUAUUCUUGAAACAAAUCCAAUCCCUUUCAUAGUUGAUAUCCUCAAAACUUGCAAAAAGUCCUCCAAAACAGCUGAAAAAUGCUGUGCUUUGAUAGAAACUUUAGUGGAUUAUGAUCAAUGCAGAACUGUCUUGACAUCUGAAGAAGGUGGGAUUCUUGCAGUUGUGGAGGUUCUCGAAAACGGAACUCUCCAAAGUAGGGAGCAUGCCGUUGGAACACUAUUGACACUGUGCCAAAGCGAUCGAUGUAAAUACAGGGAACCGAUUCUUAGAGAAGGUGUCAUUCCAGGACUACUUGAGCUCACUGUUCAAGGAACACCUAAGUCUCAGAUAAAAGCGCGCACCCUUUUGCAACUACUAAGAGAAUCUCCUUAUCCAAGAUCUGAAAUUCAACCCGACACUCUCGAGAAUAUAGUAUGCAACAUCAUCUCUCAGAUUGACGGGGAUGAUCAAUCUGGUAAAGCAAAGAAGAUGCUGGCUGAGAUGGUUCAAGUCAGCAUGGAACAGAGUCUGCGACAUUUACAGCAAAGGGCACUCGUGUGCACCCCAAGUGAUCUCCCCAUAGCUGGCGCUUCUGAAGUUUCUUUUAAGUAAUAGUUGAAGUUGGCCAACAGAUUAUCUUUUCCCUCAUCUUCUCCCCCUCUUUUGUUUUCUACUUGGGGCUUGUGAGAUAAAAUUUCCAUAUAAAAAAGGAAUUAAAGGGAAUAAUACAUUAUGAAUUAUGCCAGUCCAGGCCAUUGUGGAGGUAUCGAGUCGAGUGACUGGUAAUUGUCAAUAAAUUAAGUUGUAAUACAUUAAGAAACAUGGUUUUGUAGUUGAUUUGUAAAGAAACUGUUGUAUAAAACUGUAUUAGUAAAGGUUCUUUGUUCUGUUA